UUUUUACACGCACGCAUUCCAAUCCGGCUGUUGUCAGACAAACGGACUAAGCAAGCGACAUUUUGGUAUUUUUUUCCGUGUAUUGCCAUGCCAGUCAACAGUAUUCGACUCAGAUCCUAAACGAUCGUAAUUAGCUAGCUUUGUUGUAAUUAGUUAUAGAUUCACAAACAUGUAUAUUUAGCGUGCUUGGAGGUACCACGGAUCGAUAGCGCAGUGCAGUUUACGUGGGCAAUUGUUUCAGCGAUGGCGAUGCCGGAGCAGUUUUCAUUACGAUGGAAUGACUUCCACUCGAACCUAUCUCAGUCGUUCCAUGCGUUGCUGGAAGGAGAAGACUUGGUGGAUGUGACAUUGGCAGCGGGAGGCCAGUACGUGCACGCUCACAAACUCAUCUUGUCAGUAUGCAGUCCCUAUUUCAAGGAAUUAUUCAAGAUGAACCCCUGCGAGCACCCGAUCGUGAUCCUCAAAGACGUCGCGCACCAAGAGCUAAAGCAACUCCUGCAGUUCAUGUACCGCGGUGAGGUGCACGUGCGACAGCAGGAGCUGAGCGGGUUCCUGCACACAGCCGAGCUGCUGCAAGUCAAAGGGCUCACUCAGGGACGGGAGCGCUCCGAAUCCCCGCCGCCAGUAGAAGAGUGCCCCACGAAGGCCGAGCCCACAGAGACGCCCGAGUGGGUCCCCGGCGGCGACGACACCAUCGCCACCGAGGCCCCGCCCGCGCCCCGCGACGACGCCCGCAGCCCGCUCAAACGGCUCCUGAAGAACACACCGACCAAGAACAGUCUGUCCGGCACCAAGAAGAAGCCGCGGCCCGUGAUCGAGAGCCCUGUGCCCGUCACUGAGAACAACGAGUGCGCGUCCGACGGCGAGCCCCUAAUAGAUUUCGACAGCGACCUUUACCACAGCGUGCUUGCUAUGCCCGAAUCUGCUAAAGAAUCUGGCUGGAACUGUAAAACGACCGGCGUCAAAUGCCCCUCAUGCCACCGGUUCUUCGCCAACCGGUACAAUCUGAAGGUGCACAUCAGGGACAAGCACGACACGCGCGAGGGCACGCUCCAGUGCGAGAUAUGUAACAAACGCAUGCGCAACCCGAGUUGUCUGCGCGUUCACAUGUACCACCAUCGCAAGCAGGCUGCGUAUCUCGCGCAACUCCAGCCUGAGAACCAGUGA